GCGUUCAAUUCAUCAAGUCAUUCUACAAUAUAUCGCUGCAAGUCCUACUUCAGGGGGCAGCGUAACCGUGGCUUGAACAACCUCUCCCAUGCCGAAGGCUUCAAGUUCGUCAACAAGGUCAUCCAAUUCGGAAAUCCCGUUCACGCGACGACGGCUGUUGCCUGAACAGAUCGCCGCCCUUCAGGCGUUGUUUGAGGCUAAGAGCCAUCCCUCAAAGGAGGAGCGUGGGGCCAUUGCCGCAGAGCUUGGCUUGGAGUUGAAAUCAGUCAACGUUUGGUACCAGAACAGGCGUAGGAGUGCGAAGAAGCAAGCACUGGCGUGGAAGCCGGAAAAUGCUUCAACAAGUACUCGUAGGAAUAAGAAGCCUUCCGGCUCUAAGAUCGCCACUUCCCUCUCCUUAGAUCGCAUCGCAGCCUCUCGCGAACGCCGCGACUUAUCUUCACGAGUAUCACGAUCGCCUCUGACUCCAAAGGCAAACCGGGCAUAUACCGAUCAAAUACCACCAGCCACGGACAUUUGGGACCAUAUUCCUUCAUCGCCUCAAGCUCCUCCUUCGUCCCCCGGGGCAGAGAGUGCUCGCUUGUCCAAGCUGCCCUCCGGGUCUAAGACUUUACGGUCAUUAGAGUGGGCUUGUGCCAAAGCGAGGGCGGAAGGGAUGAUGGAACACGAUUCCGACGAUGACUUUGACGUUCCCGUCACUGACUAUGACCCGCCCCGAGCAACGCAUACGUCCACGAUAGUGAAAAUGGAGGAGAUGGUUCUGGACGACGGGCAUGAUACUGACGUUGACUUGGAUGAAGCAAUCACGCCCAACACCAGUGUCGAACUACCGUCCGUUCUCGUUACGCCUACGCGGCAUUAUGGGAGGUUGAGGAGCAAGGAGAAUAAUUCUCCUCUACCUGCGGAACAGGUGGAAGCUGCAAUGACUUUGCUUGUAUUCAAGGACUCUUGAUGUUGUGCCAUUAGUCUGUAUUGUAGGCAUGGCGGUGAAAUUCACAUUCAUUCCGCCUGGAUAGAACCUGACAGAAGCGGGGUCGAACUCG